AGUUGCAAUCUGGUUUAUAUGGAAAGAGGAAUAUGCUGUAAAUCUGCAAAGAUGUCUGGUGAAAGAAAACAGACACUGCACAUGAUAGAGGAAGGAUUUAACACUCAUGUAUCAACAAGAUCCUGACAGUUCACUGGAAUAACAAUCACCCCCUCACUUUUUCACCCCCAUGACUAUCUUUUGUGCUGUUCAAUCCUGCUCUUCCUCGAACAUUAUGCCAUCAGUUUCUCAACAUUUUGUGGCUUCAUGCUAUCCACUUUUUGCCUCUUUUAUAACGAGGCACUACAUUUCUGUCAAUGAGCUGUGUUGUUGCUGUGUCACACCAUUUUUCCAUAAAAGCUGGCGUGCAUGUCUCAGAAUACAAUGUGUAGCAGGCAAGGAACUACAGCCACAUGGCCACCCACUAAGCUCAAGCUGACUUCCUGUUGUCACUGGGUUUUCUCCCCAAUGAACACUCUUACUCAAUAUAUCUACUUUUAAGGUUCGCUCUCCACACACAGUCUUCAAGCAAAGAGAGAAGCUUGGGAGUUAACAGUAGAGCAGGCAAGGUGUACAAUAGAUGGAAAUUGGUAAACCGUCUGAGUGGAUUGAUUGUUGCCGACUUUAAAAAAAAAGAUCAGCAGUUUAAGGUUGUAUCUGAACCACAGCUGCCGAAGCCGAUCUCUGAUUCAUUAGAGGCUUUCCUGAUGGCAUCCAAUAUCACCGCCACCACCACCAACUCCCAACCGUCUUCUCUGUCCAUCGGCGCCCAGGUCGGUAUCUCCAUCCUGACCCUGGCGUUUGUACUGGGCUUCCCUGGGAACCUGUUUGUGGUUUGGUCGGUACUCUGCCGAGUGAAGAAGCGUUCAGUGACCUGUUUGUUGGUGCUGAAUGUGGCCAUGGCGGAUGCUUUUGUGCUUCUCAGCGCCCCUUUUUUUCUGCGCUAUCUGGCUGGCAGACGGGGCUGGGAGUUUGGCUCAGCCGCAUGCAAGCUAGUGCAUUACCUGUCAAGUGUGAACAUGUACGUGUCCAUCUACCUCAUCUGCCUCAUGAGCAUAGACCGCUGGCUGGCCGUGAGUAGGCCUUUUCUGUCCCAGAGAAUGAGAACCAAGCGCUCCCUGCUGAUUCUACUGCUGGUGGUCUGGGUGUUGGCGUUCCUCCUGUCUGUGCCGAUGCCUUUCUACCGAAGUAAUCUGAAGAAGACCCUACCAAACAACAUCACCUUGAAUUUUUGUAUCCCAUACCACUGGCAGAGCACAGGUCACCGGGUCUUCCAGUACCUGUCUGAGACCAUCAUGGGCUGCCUGUUGCCUUUCUCCCUCAUCAUCACCUGUUAUUCCUCCGUUAUCUGCCGUCUGAAAAGCGCCAUGUUCCAGCACAGAGGACAAGGCAGCCGUCUCAUCCUGCUAAUCAUCUCUGCCUUUGCAGUAUUCUGGCUGCCCUAUCACAUCGUAAACAUCAUAGAGGUGGUUGGUGCGUUGCAGGGCAGUGAUGCAGUGAUCAAAGCCGCCCUUGCAGCCCGUCCAAAUGUCACGGCCUUUGCCUACUUCAGCAGCGCUGUCAACCCCAUUCUCUACGUGUUCGCCGGCAGCUCCCACAUCCGCCAGGCCGGCUUCAGCUUCAUGGGCAAGCUCUUUGAGACCACCAACUCAGAAAGCAGGAGCAUGUCUACACGUAGCGGCCGCAUGAGUCGCAGCAGCUCUUCACCGGAUGAAAGCUCUGUUCUGCACACACUGUCGAUUAAACUGGGAAAUCCUUUCAAAGGCAAGAACAAGGAAAGGAGCAGCAGUGUGGCGGGCCAAGAGGUCAACCAGCCUGAACUUAAGAUUUUAACCAGUGUUGAGAUGAUAGAAUAGUGCUUACAUGUCAAACCCAAGUUUUUUUGCCUUGACUUUCCGAACCCAUUGAUUAGAAACAAACUGUGUUGACUCGUAAUUUGCAUUAUCAAGCUUGACUUACAUGACUUUCAUAUCUGGGAAUAUUUCAACAACUAUUGGAUGGAUAUCCAUGAAAUUGAUUACAAAAACUAUAUAAGAUGUAUCCUUAUUUGAUAGAUUGGCACCCAAUUUUGCACUGACAUUCAUGGUCCCCAGAUGAGGAAUCCUAAUGACUGGUGAUCCCCUGACAUUUCCUUUAAAGUCACCACAAGAUUAACAUUUGUGUAUUUGAAUGAAAUGCCAUGUCAACUAUUGGAUUGAUUGUCAUGACAUUUGGUACACACAAUAACUAUUCCCUCAGGAUAGAUCUCAAGAAAUGUACCCUAACUUACCAUAGUACAAUUAUCAGAUGUAAUUUAAAAUGUAAUCUGUACUUUUACUAGUGACCCAAUACCUGCAAAACUGAUUCCCAUCAGCAUCAGCUUUUUUUCUGUUUUGAGUUAACAUUGCAUUAUAUUUUAUUUGCAUGCUAACACACUUGAGAUCGUGAACAUUAAAUCAAACCACCAAUGUGACUGAGUAGCAUAGCUGUGUCAAAUGUGUGUAAAAAAGGUAAAAAACACCUUUAGUGAAUGUUAUUUUUUUGUUUCCAGAGUCUUAAAGACAAUGUUUGACUUAGCUAUGGCAGUGACUUCAUGUACAGAAUAAAUUUACGUAUAUUUGGCUAAUUAAAUGAUCAGAUUUAUUUUAGAUGUGUGAGAACAUUGUUUUAUGUUUAACAGUAUCUUGUAUGGUCAUUAGUCAAAAA